AGGCACCUGGUGGAUAUGUCAUUCGGAUUCCUGAGAGUUUUGAUGCUGCAUGGGAUGCUCUGCUAUCCCACAUGGUUCAUAUAGACAUGUACUCUCAGCCCUGGAGGACGUAUCCAUAUGAGACUACGAUCGACUAUCUUGACUGGUUCGUGGCGCACUCUCAUUGUAGAGUCCUACGGGAUGAUGGAGAUGCAGAUCGACUAGUUGACUCCGCAGUGCGUGCUCGAGACCUUUUGUACACGUUUGCACCUGCAGUUCGAGCAGCAGCAGGGACCGAGGAGGAGUUUCUUGAG